AUGAAGCGCAGUUCAGUUUCGACUGGUGCUGCUGGCCGCCAGUCCAUGCAGGCUUUGCGAUCACAAGACUUCAAUAAACAAGGUUUUUAUACCCCACAAACCAAAGAAAGAACAACCUUUGGGAAGUUGAAUACAAAUAGACGGACCCCUGGCACAUCUGAAAGGAAAAUCAGUUUCUUUGGUAAAAGAACUAGUGGGCCUGGAUCCCGAAACAGUCUGCUUGGUGUAUUUGGCUGCACUGAAAAAAUGAAAGACCCUAGACCACUUAAUGACAAAGCAUUCAUUCAACAGUAUAUUCGACAACUCUGUGAGUUUCUUACAGAAAAUGCCUAUGCCUUCAGUGUAUCCAUGAAAUCUCUUCAAGCUCCAUCUGUUAAAGAUUUUCUAAAGAUCUUCACCUUUAUUUUUGAUUUCUUAUGGCCUUCUUAUGAGCUUCCUGUUACUAAGUUUGAAGAGGAGAUUCCAAGAAUUUUGAAAGAUCUUGGGUAUCCAUUUGCUUUACCAAAAAGCUCCAUGUAUACAGUGGGAGCACCUCAUACAUGGCCUCAUAUGGUGGCAGGUUUGAAUUGGCUUAUAGACUGUGUUAAGCUCUACUUUUCCAGGAAAGAAAGUUCACCUUCAUUUGAUGAUGGACAGCCCUGGGGACCAGAAAGUGAAGAUGGAAUAAUGCAUAAUAAGUUGUUUUUGGACUAUACUGUAAAAUGCUAUGAAAAUUUCAUGACUGGUGCAGAUUCUUUUGAAGAUUUAGAUACAGAGUUAUACUCAAAGCUAAAGGACUUGUUUAAUAUAGAUGAUUUCCAAAUAGAAUCAUUAGCUUUGGAAAACAAAAGGCUAAAUGAAGAAAUUACAACCCUGGAACGAGAGAGAGAAAAUGAGCCGAAUCGACUUGUAUCACUAAGAAAAUUGAAAACAUCUUUAAAAGCAGAUGUUCAGAAGUACCAGGCAUAUAUGAAAAAUUUGGAGGCACAUUCUGCUGUUCUUCACCAGAAAUCAAGUAGUCUAAAUGGAGAAGUUCCUGCACAGCAGCAGCAGCAGCAGUCUCUGGGAUUGGCAUCAACUGGCAGGGGCAGCUGGGGUGGGAAAGAAGGAGUCAGAGGAAGGAGAGUCAGCAGCAGCAGGCAGGGCAUUGGCAUUUGGGCAGAAGGUCAGGCAUUCAGCUUAGCAGGAGCUGGGAUAAGCACUGGUGGGGCGGGGUCUCAUCCUAGCUUAACGAGGGGAUGGAGGUGGUGGGAAGGGAGUCACGAGGCCCAGAUCGCACCACCCCCAACCCCUCACUCCCACCCCCACCCCUGGGCAGCUCCGAAAGUGUUUAGAAAGCCGCCAUUGGGAGCAAAACGUCAACGCCGGCCACGUGGCGUUGCAGCGCUCGAGGCCGUCCAGAUGCCUCCUUCCCCCACCAAAUCAGGAGCCUCGAGACUAGCCCCGCCCCUUCAGCCAUCGCCGCCGCCGUCUCCUCUGCGCCACAAUCGGUUGCGGCCGCGCCCCCCAAACCCCUCUGCCGUCGCCGCCGCCGCCGCUACGGUCCGGAGCCCGAAGCUGACGAGUCGCGGUUCGCGGAGGGAGGCUUGGGCGUCCGUAGUCUCUAGCUUUCCGCGUUCCCUCCCCCCGAAGGAGCGCUUAGGGCGCGGAAGUGACGUGAGAAGAUGGGGGAGAGACUCGUUUGAAUCCGUUCCCGGGUGA